GACCAAUCACAAUUCGUAUAUUUCGAGAUGCUGGAUUGUGAUUGGUCAAUUUGCUUACGGUCUUACGGUUACGACUAAAAUUUUUUACGUGCAAUGGCCUUUAGUCAAACCCGUGAAUUUGGAGGGUAAAGUCAUUAGGAGGCAAGGAGAAAUAACCGUAAACUUGGUUCAACAUUAUAAAAAUGGCACGGAAAAAAACGAUAAAAAGGAAACACACUAAUCCGGAAGAAGAAGAAAAAGAAAAAGGGAGAACUGAAAAUGCUUACGUAGAACACAAUGUCGAGGAGGAUUCUGACACAGAAGACUUGUUAGCGGCUGAGGUAAACGAUUAUGAAGACUCUUCAGAUGAAGCGAUAGAGGAAGAUGCAGAUAUACCUGAUUCAGAUACAGAAAAGGAUCUUGUUGUUUUUACAUCGAAUGAUGAAGACAGUGAACUCGAAUUUGAAUCAGAUUAUGAAUCUACGGAUGCUGAAGAUUCAGAGAAUAUUACAUCAGAGAGCAACUCUGAUGAAGAAGCAAAAAAGAUUCCACAGAUCAAAGAGAGAGAUAAUAAAGAGAAAUUAACAGACAAUUCUGUCAAAAAGAUAUCAGUAUCUAAAAGUAAGAUAUUAGCAAAAAAAGAAAUCAAGUCAAUAAGUAAAUUAAGGGAUAAAAAAGAUCAAGGAGAUUCUCAAGAGGUACAAUCUAACAAAGCUAAUUCAUGCAAUAAUCAGGAAAUUGAAAAUGUAUCCAAUACGGAACAUCAAGAAGAAGAUGAAUAUGACUAUGAUAGUUCAGAUGAGGAAGAUAUUCGCAACACAGUUGGAAAUAUUCCAUUGAAGUGGUAUGAUGAUUAUGAUCAUGUUGGUUAUGAUUGGGAGGGUAAGAAGAUCUUAAAACCUGAAAAGGGCGAUGAAUUGGACAAUUUCUUGAAAAGAAUGGAGGAUCCCAACUUUUGGAGAACUAUAAAGGACCCUCAAACUGGUCAAGAUGUUGUGUUAAAAGAGGAUGAUAUAGAUUUGAUAGUAAGGAUACAAAAACAGAAGAUACCUGAUGUUAAGUUCGAUGAAUAUGCACCAUGGGUGGAAUGGUUCAGUUCUGAAGUGAUGAAAAUGCCACUUCGUAAAUUCCCUGAACACAAACGUUCCUUCCUGCCAUCUAAAGACGAAGCGAGACAAGUCUCGAAACUGGUGCAUGCUCUGAAAAUGGGCUGGAUGAAGUCCACCGCCGAAAUGAAGAAAGAAAGAGAAGAAAAGAACAAGGGGCCAGAGUUCUACAUGCUGUGGCAAUCUGACGAUCAGGCAGAAGAAAUGCGUAGAAUCCACAAACACAUUCCAGCACCCAAGAGACAUUUGCCCGGUCAUGCAGAGAGUUACAAUCCGCCACCGGAAUAUCUGUUUGACAACAGAGAGCUCAAAGAGUGGAGCAAGUUAAAGGCAACUCCGUGGAAGAGGAAAUUGCACUUCAUACCACAGAAAUAUAAUUCUCUACGAGAAGUACCUGCAUAUCCCAAGUACAUCAAAGAGAGGUUCCAGAGGUGUUUAGACUUGUACCUUUGUCCCAGAGCGUAUAAAAUGAGAUUGACGAUAAAGCCUGAGGAGUUGGUUCCACAAUUGCCAGAUCCAAAAGAUCUGCGACCAUUCCCGACCAAAAUGUCCAUGGUAUUUAAUGGUCACACGGAUAUGGUAAGAAGUAUUACCACGGAAGCAAUGGGUCAGUACAUUGCGUCUGGUGGAGAUGACAUGUCCUUGAAAAUAUGGGAAGUAUCAACAGGCAGGUGCGUCAAAACAGUGCCUUGCGGUGGUGUUAUUAGGAGCGUUGCUUGGUGCCCGAAUCAAGCUGUAUCGCUGAUAGCCGUCGCAGCUGACAAGAAAGUUCUCCUGAUAAAUCCCGGACUCGGAGAUCGUCUGAUCACUAGCAAAACUGAUGAGCUCCUGGAGAUAAUACCGCAGAGCGACAUAAUAGUAAGCGAAAGGGUGAAGGGCGCAGUACAGUGGGAACAAGCGGAGGGCGAACACUUCAACAACGGACUCAGGAUGAUCCUAAACCACUUCAACAUCGUGAAGCAAGUAACGUGGCACGGGAAAGGAGAUUACUUCGCUACUGUCAUGCCGGACGGUCAAAAUCGAUCUGUUCUCAUAAAUCAAUUGUCGAAACGGAGGUCUCAGUUGCCCUUUACCAAGUCGAAAGGAUUGAUACAAUGUGUUUUGUUUCAUCCGAUUAGACCGCAUUUAUUCGUCGCAACGCAGAGGAAUGUCAGGGUAUACGAUUUGGUGAAGCAGGAGAUGAUCAAGAAGUUGCUGUCCAAUUCACAGUGGAUCUCCACGAUGGCUAUCCAUCCCGGAGGCGACAAUGUGCUGGUGGCGACUUACGAUCGCAAGAUGCUUUGGUUCGACCUGGAUCUAAGUACUAAGCCCUACCAGACGCUGCGACUGCACGGGACAGGCGUGCGCGGUGUGGCGUUCCACAAACGGUAUCCCCUGUUCACUUCCGGUGCAGAUGACAGAGGACUCAUUGUAUCUCACGGGAUGGUCUAUCACGAUCUCCUGCAAAAUCCGCUGAUCGUGCCGCUGAAGAGGUUCUGCAACCACGAAGCGUACAACGAUUUUGGUAUCUUGGACGUCAUGUUCCACCCGACUCAACCGUGGGUGUUCUCUGCGGGCGCAGAUUCUACCAUAAGAAUGUAUACAUAGACACUUCGACGUCGACGAACUCGUCACUACGAGGAGCUGUGCAGUUGUAAUUUUAAAAUGACACGUAGCUUCAUACGUGAAAUAUACGCACGUUGGUUUUUUA